UUCCCUCCUCCCCUUUAUUUCCUCUGUAGUUCACAAGGAGUUCUGCGUGGUUGCGGUUGCUGAUUGUUCUUUCAGAGUCCUUAAAACAGGUUACUGCAAAAAAAGAUGGCUGAUCAACUUACUGAGGAGCAGAUUGCAGAGUUCAAAGAAGCAUUUUCACUGUUUGACAAAGAUGGAGAUGGGACUAUCACUACUAAAGAGUUGGGAACAGUCAUGAGGUCACUUGGUCAGAAUCCUACUGAGGCAGAACUGCAAGACAUGAUCAAUGAAGUGGAUGCAGACGGCAAUGGAACUAUUGAUUUCCCAGAGUUUCUCACAAUGAUGGCAAGAAAGAUGAAGGAUACAGACAGUGAAGAAGAAAUUAGAGAAGCCUUUAGAGUAUUUGAUAAGGAUGGAAAUGGAUACAUCAGUGCAGCAGAACUUCGUCAUGUCAUGACAAACUUGGGCGAAAAGCUUACAGACGAGGAGGUGGAUGAGAUGAUCCGGGAGGCAGAUAUUGACGGUGAUGGACAAGUUAACUAUGAAGAGUUUGUGCAAAUGAUGACUGCAAAGUGAAGCACCUUCUUUACAUGCCUGCUGUUCUUCUUUGGUCACUCUGUCUAUAAAAUAGCAAGGGGGAAAAAAAAAAAAAUCUGUACUCAACCCGAUUCUAAUUAGUCUGCCAUCAGUACUACGGGGGGUGGUGGGGGUGUUUUGACAACAUAAAACAAAAAUGCAUGAGAUCGAUCCGUCUCUGAAUGAGUUUGUGGCCCUUUGAUUCGUAAUUGACUGGCGAAACAAAACAAAACAAAAAAAAUAACAUGACAGAGUCUUUUUGUUCAUUGAACAAGGUCAGUGUAACAUCUGAGCGUUAAUUUCUGUUCAUAAUUAACUGUGCAGCUAGCAAGAAAAGUUCAGUUUCUAAUCUCCAAGUUUCUUGCAUGCUCUCGUUCGGGCAGUUGCAUAUUGUUCUAAUGGGGCCUCUUGCUGCAGCUCUGCGUCCAGAUUGGUGUAUAGAUGGUGGUCGAGAUACGGAAAUCUAUACAUUUUUUUUCGAUUUUUUUGAAAAGCAACGGGGAUGAGCUUUGUGCUCGUUGUGUAUUCUUGCAGCUAAUAUUAGGGGUGAAGGUUUGCACUGAAUUGUGAAAAGAAGGAUGUGGAAUGAAUAGAGAAGCACUUCUUUUUGUUUUUCUUUUUAAUUAGCUUCAUAUAUAUACUGCAGCUCUCCAUUUGUGUUUUUUUUUUUUUUUUUUUAAUUUUGUUUUUUUUCUGUAGAAAUUAACUUUGGUAAAUGUGUUGCAUUAAUGCUGGCUGUAAAUAAUUAGCAAAAUGUAUGUGAAGUGCUUAAAAGCAUAUAAAAAUUCAAACAUGGGGCUUGCUACUAUAUAAAGGGGAUGGGGUUUAAUAUGAUGUGAUGUGUGUUUGCUUUUUAUAUAUACAUAUACAUAUAUAUAUAAUAUCUCCACCCCCCCUUGGGUGUUGCUCUUUAUUUUUAAAUAAAUGUGCCAUAUAGGAUGCACCAAGUCUCAGAUGAUUUGCAGUUAAAUCUUUUAGAAAAAUGUAAUGAAUUCACUUUUUUUUUUUUUUUUUUUAAUUUAAAUCCUCAGACUGCACUGUUAAUUCUUCUUUCCCCUGUUUGAUUCGGUCGGUCGUCCUGUCCCACCACUCUAAGUACACCGUAUGUCUGAAUAUCUGUAGCCUGCUGUUGAACAGCACAUUGGUGGUGAUGGUGUCCCUUACUUAAAUAAAGAAAAAUGGACAAAUUUCCAUUAAGGUGAAAGGUUAUGAAAUGUUGUGCUUCUUGGUCUUGCAGUCUUAUGAGAGUGGAUUUGUUUCAUUUUGAAGUACUGCAUUAUAUAAUAAUAAAACUGCAUUUAUAAAGGUUGAUUUAAAAGCACAGCAAGCUCCCAAUGAACCACCACCCCCCCCAACCAAGAAAAAGGCUGAAAAUGAAUACCUGGCUUUUGGGUUAUGUCGAAAUCAACAUUGUGAAUUUUUCCUUUACAAUAAAAUUUACCCUGUUAUA